CGCCAUGCGAGCAAUGAAAAGUAAAACAACAAUUCCCAUCUCAAACCGAUUGCAGAAAUAUCUGCAAUUUCGUCCCAAUCCAGGAUGGAUGUAAAGAAGAAAGACGAACAUUUGAAAAGUGUGAUUGUAAAAGAAGAGUUUUUCAUGAAUAAUGUCUCAACCACUAAUGAAAUACUGGAUUUUGCUGAUGAUGCAGAAGUGCAGUUUGAAAUAACAGAAAUCAGCGAUGUUGAAAAUCUAAUACGGAUCAACAGGAGUGAUGAGAAUAAGUGUCAAGUCUGUGGUAAAGUGUUCACAAGACGUGCCAAUCUUGAGAUGCACAUGGCCAUUCAUCCAAAACCUCAGGAAGACUUUGAUAUUGUGAUUCAUGAAACCACGCCACCAGCGAAGGAAGAGAAAUGUCCUUAUUGCGACAAGACGUUCAGGGUUGCUAUUGCCUUACGACAGCAUGUCAGGAUACACAUGAACGAAAAAUUUGAAUGCGCUCUGUGCUCAGAAAAAUUUACCCUAAAGUGUAGUUUAGCUCAACACAUCUACAAAACACAUGUCAAGAAACCCACAAAAAUUCACGAGAAGUCUUAUCCAUGCCAAUUCUGCAGCAAAACUUUUAGCCGAAGGGAUCGGCUGAAGACGCAUAUUUUUAGGCAUGUCACGAAAUUCGUGACGUGUCCACACUGCAACAUGGUAUCAGUCGGAAAGCCUGAACUUAACAGUCACAUAGAAACUGCCCAUCCAGAAGUACUUCCCAUGAUAGAUUGUGAUAUCUGUGGCAAGGCUUGCAAUGGAGUAGCAGGCCUUGAUGCACACUUGGAGGAUUGCCACAUGUCGAUGGGCUUUUCAGAUCUCCUCCGCUGAAGAAAGUUCGGGCCAAAAAUCUGAGAGAUAAAUUCACAUGUCGUCACUGUGAUAAAGGAUUCAGACUUAAGAAAUUCUACAUUUCACACCUGAAAACCCACAACGAACACUUCAGCUGCGAGAUUUGCAACGAGCAAUUCAGUCAAAAGCAAAUUCUCGCUGUUCAUAUGAAAAGUCACCAAAAAGGCCACAUUUUUUACCCUUGCAAAAUCUGCGGCGACGUCUUUAAGUCUGAGCGCAGUUUAGAAAAGCAUGAGUAUGAGCAUGAAUUCGAGGAUGAGACAAUGGAGUGCC